GUGUGUCUGUGCCUGGCGACUGGGACGGUGGAUGCUAGCGGUGAUCUGGCAGGAUUGGGGUGCAGAACACACACUAGACAAAGAAGCAUUAGGGUCCUGAGGCAUGGGGCUCACCACGGGGCCAAACGGAGCUCGUGCUGCCCCUCAGAAAAGCUUGCGUCGAGUGUGGCAGCGGGGCGGCCGUGGUUCGAAGGUGAGGCAUCGGGGAGGCACAAUGGAGGGCGAGCAGAGCACUCCUGCCUCCAGUGCCGGCAGCAGCAGCACAAGCACCAGUACCUCCACCGGCACCAGCAGUGCCUCCACUGCCAGCACUGUCAGCUCCAGCAGCAGCAGCAGCAGCACGAGCAGCGGAAGAGCGGCCGUCCCACAGAUAUCUGUGUACAGCGGCAUACCUGACCGACAGACUGUACAGGUGAUCCAGCAGGCGCUACACAGGCAGCCCAGCACAGCGGCACAGUACCUGCAGCAGAUGUACGCAGCUCAACAGCAGCAUCUGAUGCUGCAAACGGCAGCUCUACAGCAGCAGCACCUCAGCACAGCGCAGCUCCAGAGCCUCGCGGCGGUGCAGCAGGCCAGUUUAGCAGCCGGCAGACAGACUUCAAACCAGAAUGGGACCUCAUCUACCCAGAGCGGGACAUCACAGACCACAAUUAAUUUAACCACGUCCCCUGCCGCUGCUCAGCUGCUCAGUCGGGCCCAGAGCGUAAACUCCGCCCCCUCUGGGAUCUCCCAGCAAGCUGUGUUGCUAGGCAACGCCUCAAGCUCCACCCUGACAGCCAGCCAAGCUCAAAUGUACCUGCGAGCACAGAUGGCUCAGCAGAGUAACCUCGUGCAUGUAGCCAGGAGUCUGGGCCGAGCCGUCCCUCUAUCCUCUCAGCUGAUUCUGGCUCCUACAGCUACAGUAACUGCUCUACAGUCUGACGCUAAUACAGCCAGUAACACACAGUCUGCCUCUGCACAGGUGCAGAACCUCGCCCUGCGCAACCAGCAGGGGGCGUCUUCCGCCUCUCAGUCCUCAGGUCUCCAGGCACUGAGCUUAAAGCAGACUCCCAUCUCCAUCCAGCCCACUCCGCUCAUCAAGACACUCAGCCAGAGUGCUUCCAGCUCGGACACCGGGAAAAGCAACAUGAACGCUGCUUCUUCGGAUGGAGUGAAGAAGGCAGAGGAAGGGCAGACAGAGAUGAAAGCUGUUAACAUGAGUCGCAACGUGUCCUCGUCACAUCCCUUAAUUGCACCAGCCUAUGCCCAAAUCCAACCGCAGGCCCUGAUUAAGCAGCAGCCGCAACAGUUUGUCAUUCAACCCCAAGCCCCACCCACCUCAAGAACCCAGCCUCAGUUACUGCAGACGGCCUCGGUCCAGCCCCACCAACAGACAGCCUCAUUGGCCAUCCAGAGCUCUGCCCAGACCUCAUCGGGGAUCAUUCCGGUUUUGCCUAAACCAGCGCUUCACAACCAGGGAUCGGCUCAAAAUCAACAGGCCACCAUCUUCCAUUCAACCGUAAGCCACCAUGCACUCAGCCAGCACGGCUCACACACAGGCCUGGCCCAUGCUAAAGCUCAACCGGUCCAACUGACAGCCAUCAACCUCCAAAUCCAACCAGCACAAAGUCAGGCUUCAAGACUUGCUCAGGAAGACAAGGAGAAGCCCACCUCUUUGGUGGUAAGAGAGAUUUGCCCGCCAGUACAAAUGCAGCCAACCACUACGACCCAAGGCACCGUCCCCCCUGACCAACCCAAAAUCGACACUGUUAAUGCUACAUCUCAAAUUCAAGGCUCUGUGGAGACAGCGCGAGACCCCACGGGAGCACCGGUUACACCGACCAUGACCUCGGCGGCCCCGAGCGAGCCGCCUCCGGCAGCUGUGACGGGAAGUGCGGCACAAAACGGCGAGAACAAGCCACCCCAAGCCAUUGUGAAGCCACAUGUCCUCACGCACGUCAUCGAGGGUUUUGUCAUUCAGGAGGGAGCUGAGCCAUUCCCUGUGGAAAGACCGCCGGCGCAGGCAGACAGCCCCAAGAAACCAGACACACAGCUUCCCUCAGAUCCAGAGAAAACAGCCAGCAGCAAUUCCCUCAGUGCCACAAACUCAGACAUGGAGGAGGCUGGACAACAAGACACGAGGACUCAGGAGGAGCCAGAGGAGCCCAAGCUCACAUGCGAGCUCUGUGGAUGGGUUGAUUUCGCCUACAAGUUCAAACGUUCAAAACGCUUCUGUUCCAUGGUCUGUGCUAAAAGAUACAGUGUAAGUUGCACGAAGCGGGUUGGUCUGUUCCACCCCAACAGAACUAAAACAACCAAUCAGAUAAAUCAGUGGAGAAGGAGGAGGCCUCAUAGUCCCAGAGGCAGGGAUGCCAAAAAGCAGCGGCUCCCUGUGUCUCAGCAAUCUCAGGGAAAAUCUAUAUCCUCACCGCUCCAAUCUCAGCCUAGUCAAGGAGAGUCCAGCCCCUGCUCGGAUAUCUCCAGCUAUGAGGAAGCAACUUCCCCGCUCUCUGCAGCCAGU